GAAGAACACAGAAACCAUCGCUAGCUAACCGCUAGUCCGGUUGACGUUUAUUUUUUAUUCCCCUCUUUCUCAACCAAAAUUCAUGCUAGAUUUGAUUUUGUUGAUGGAAACGGGGAUGUAAAAGUAGCCUACAAUUUUUUACAUGUAAAAUUGCCAACGAGCUUAUACAUUUAGUCUCGGUUACAUUUUUUUUACGUUCUGACGGAAAAUAAACGGUGCUAAGCUAACAGGCUAUAGCUAAUGCUAGGAUAGCUAGCGGGCUAGCUUUCUCAAGUGUGCUAACACCAAGAUCUGACCGAUUAGACUUUAAUAGAUACAGAAAAUGGCUGAUGUUGACAAGCUCAACAUAGACAGUAUUAUUCAACGUCUUUUAGAAGUCCGUGGAGCAAAGCCGGGCAAGAAUGUUCAGCUGCAGGAGAAUGAGAUCCGUGGAUUAUGCCUGAAGUCCAGGGAGAUCUUCCUCAGUCAGCCCAUCCUGCUGGAGCUCGAGGCUCCGCUUAAAAUUUGUGGUGACAUUCAUGGGCAAUACUAUGAUCUCCUGAGGCUUUUUGAGUACGGGGGCUUCCCUCCAGAGAGCAACUACCUGUUCCUGGGUGACUAUGUUGACAGGGGGAAGCAGUCUCUUGAAACCAUCUGUCUUCUUCUGGCCUACAAAAUUAAAUAUCCAGAGAACUUCUUCCUACUGAGGGGAAACCAUGAAUGUGCAUCAAUCAACAGAAUAUAUGGUUUCUACGAUGAGUGUAAACGAAGGUACAACAUCAAGCUGUGGAAGACCUUUACAGAUUGUUUUAACUGCCUUCCUAUUGCUGCGAUUGUUGACGAGAAGAUCUUUUGCUGCCAUGGAGGGCUUUCACCCGACCUUCAGUCCAUGGAGCAGAUCAGGCGCAUCAUGCGUCCCACUGACGUACCCGACCAGGGCCUGCUGUGCGAUCUGCUGUGGUCUGACCCAGACAAGGAUGUAUUGGGCUGGGGUGAGAACGACAGGGGCGUCUCAUUUACCUUCGGCUCAGAGGUGGUAGCCAAGUUCCUGCACAAGCACGACCUGGAUCUGAUCUGCCGUGCCCAUCAGGUUGUUGAGGACGGCUACGAGUUUUUUGCAAAGCGGCAGCUCGUCACAUUGUUCUCAGCGCCCAAUUACUGUGGCGAGUUCGACAACGCUGGUGCCAUGAUGAGCGUUGAUGAGACUCUCAUGUGCUCAUUUCAGAUUUUAAAACCAGCUGAGAAGAAGAAGCCGAACGGGAGCCGCCCUGUCACUCCCCCCCGCAAUAUGGUCACCAAACAAGCCAAGAAGUGAGGGGCCGGGCUGGAGACCGAAUGGCCGGAGAUGCACUCUGUCUGCUUUCAUCCUCUGCGUUCAAAGGAUUGGUUAUUUUUCACGCUGCCAAUACCGAAAAGAUAUCCACUCCUACUUGAUGAAAGCAAAAAUAUUUUAUUGUUUGACCGUCCACAGGGGUAAAUUGAUAUGUCACCAUGGAAAACCUCAGGUGUUUUGCACUCCAUUUUGCAGCUAGUCUUUGCCACAUAUGACUGUUCAAUCAGGAAAAAUGUAAUAAUAAUAAUAAUACGGCUACUUAUGCACAGGAAUGCCUUGUUUAAAGCUGUGCACAAUUUUUCCAGUUAUAUUUCAUGUCUUUCGUCAUUUCAUUCACCUGUAAU